AUGACCCGAUCGAUCAUCACCAACAUCCGAGCCAUCCCUCGUCUGUUGACCCCGCUCUCUUCACCAUCUCGCCAGUCUAAACUACGGCAGCCGAGAACAUACCAUCGACUCGUCUCAUCAUCAUCAUCAUCAUCAUCCUCAACAUCACCACCACCUUUCUCAACCGGUCAUCACCACAAUCCAAGCAAGAACACCUCUUCUGAUCGCGCAAUCGUCCUCGGCCUCUUAUCAUUCACUACUCUGCUCGGCGUUGGUAUCGGAACUCGGGCGAAAUGUGAUCAGAAUAGUAGGAAAGAAGCUGCCAUUGAAAUUGAAAAUUCGUCUAAAAAUGCAUCAGACGAAUCCCCCGAAAAUUCCGAACAGGGUGCUUUCAGUACGUCAACGCCCUACCUACUUAUUGGAAACAACACUUGA